AUCGGGAGGGGAAGAAGAAGAAGAAGAUGUCGUCAACGCUACUGGAGGUGACGCGUGGAGCACACGAGGAGGUGGAGCGUCUGGAGCGCCUGAUAGUGAAGGAAUUUCAGAACGAGCCGACGAGCGGCAAGGAACGCUUGGCUCAGAGCCACCGUGUCCGCCACAUGAUCGACACCAUCUCCUCCACCACACAAAGACUCAUUGAGAUCUAUGAGGAUAACGAUAAUGCCAGGAAGGACGAGAUUGCGGCUCUCGGAGGCCAAACUGCCACCGGCACCAAUGUCUUCAGUGCAUUCUAUGAUCGAUUGAAAGAGAUCCGUGAGUACCAUAGGAGGCAUCCAGCUGCACUAGUUGUUGAUGAUGAGGAACACGAAGCAAUGCUCAAGGAGGAGCCUCAAGUCGAGUUCAGCGGUGAGGAAUCUUAUGGACGAUACCUCGAUUUACAUGAACUCUACAAUCAGUAUAUCAAUUCUAAAUUUGGAGAGCCCAUUGAGUACUCUGCAUACCUUGAUGUCUUUUCACAACCGCAUAAGAUUCCUCGCAAGCUCAAGUCCACAAGGCUGUACAGGGAAUACAUUGAAAACCUAGUUCAGUAUCUGGUAUAUUUCCUCCACCGGACAGAGCCACUGCAAGAUCUUGAUAGAAUAUUUGCAAAGGUUGAAACUGAAUUUGAAGAACAAUGGGCAGAUGGUAAGGUAGAAGAAUGGGAAAAUUCUAUUCAAGAUCAUGAAUAUGCUCAAGAACAGCAGACUAUUAUUGAUCUUGACUACUAUAGCACAGUGGAAGAACUGGUGGAAUUGGGUCCUGAAAAGCUGAAGGAGGCAUUGGCUUCGAUGGGUCUGAAGAUAGGGGGUACCAUACAGCAACGUGCAGAGAGGCUUUUACUUACAAAGGACACACCACUGGAAAAGUUGGACAAGAAACAUUUUGCGAAAGGGUCGCGUGGUUCAGCACAGAAUGGGACUGCUGUUGCAUCACAGCAAGUUGAAAUGUUUAAAGAAAUUGCCUUCUUGGAAGCCAAAUUAAAAAAAUUAAGGGACUUACUGAGUGAGGCUAUUGAACGAACGAAAGACAACGUUGUCAAGAAACAGGCUUUGACAUAUGAAGAAAUUGCAGCAGAACGUGAGGAUGAAGAGACACAGGCUGAUACUGAAAGUGAUGAUGAUGAGCAGCAGAUUUACAAUCCACUAAAAUUGCCAAUGGGUUGGGAUGGGAAGCCCAUACCUUAUUGGCUGUAUAAGCUUCAUGGUCUUGGUCAGGAAUUCAAAUGUGAGAUAUGUGGCAAUCAGAGUUACUGGGGGCGUAGAGCUUUUGAGCGGCACUUUAAGGAAUGGCGCCAUCAGCAUGGAAUGCGUUGCCUUGGCAUACCAAACACCAAGAACUUCAAUGAGAUCACAUCAAUUGAGGAAGCACAAGAAUUGUGGAAGAGGAUACAAGCACGGCAAGGGGUGAACAAGUGGCGCCCGGAGCUUGAAGAAGAGUAUGAAGACAGGGAGGGCAACAUUUAUAAUAAGAAGACGUUUACUGAUCUACAGCGACAGGGACUGAUAUAAGUAUACUGCUGUUAGGAAAAGCUGUGGUCAAUUGUUGGGAGGAAUUUUCAUGGUCGAUAUUAGUUUCUGGUGGUGAUUUGGAGGGUCAGGAAUCUAGGAUUUAUGUUUCUUUUCAUAGCCAAAUGACCGUACACAUGUCUUGUAGCAACCAAGUUUAAGUAGAUCAUUUACUCAAAAUUGUACUAUGAUCAGUUUUUCUUGGUUGACUGUCCAUGAUCUCAUGAAAGACUUGUUCAAAUUUUCCAAAAUAGAACAAAAAGAAAAAAGAGUUGAUAUA